UCGAAGUCUGCGGGGUUACUGGUCCGGGCCUGAAAUUCAGAUCCUCCUGAAUCGAUUCAGGAAAGCCCAUCCUAAGCACGUUUUUAUCGCGAAAAAGUUUCACUGGGUUCAGUGGGACUUGCUUCCAAACGGUUUCGAAUGAAAUUGCAUCUGGGUCAAGACCGUGUCCUUCAAGACGCGAAAAAAACAAAUUAUAUUCACUUCUGCUGUACACCUUCUGCCCAGGACCCGAAAGUAGGAAGGUUAAGAGAGCUCUUGGCUGGGCAAGGAAGAGGAGUGCGCCGUGUGUGUGUGUGUGCAUCCAAAGGAAGAAAACAUGUUCGGGUGUCUCGGUGGAAAGAGUUGCAAGGAGGAUGUUCGAGCUUCGUUCGAUCCGUAGGACAGCGGAGCAACACAAGGACUCAAAGAAGGAAAGUGAUUGCCUCAAUAGACAUCUCGGUGGACCAUGGGGUUUCCAAGAAAAAUGAAAUAAAUCAUGCAAGAAUGAAAAUCCCCCUACCUAAAACAGGCCGCGCUGUUUCAGGAUAUUCAGAAAGUACAUUUGUGUUUAUAGAUCUACAGCGCGAUCCUGUACUUGCUUACUCUGAACUCCGGACACUUGCAAGAAGAGGUACUGUGCAUGACAGAAUUGUCUUCCCUGGCUUGAAACAGCUUGGAGGGAAAGGAGGAAGAAGAGCCAGGAAGAAAGUCUUCUACAGUUCCUCCUGCAGCUGUACCAUAGAGAAGCUGGAGGGUUUCUUGGUUAUAAGGUCCUGUUCACCUGGUUUUUCUGGUCGUAUUAUGCUUCCCCGACUCUUUAGAAAACAGCUCUCAAGCAGCAGCACCGAUAAUAAUAAUAAUAAUAAUAAUAAUAAUAAUAAUAAUAAUAAUAAUAAUAACAACAACAACAACAACAAUAACAAUAAUAAUAAUAUUACAGUGGCCUAUGAUCCUUAUUACGUCUACCCUCAGAACACUAUUGUGAAGGAAGUCACUAUUCUGCACACACAGACUCACCUUCCUAUUGAACAAAAUCUAUAUAAUAGGGCUGGCCUAUGUGUCUAGAAUAGUGACUCCCUUCACAAUGGUGUUCUGAAGAUAAAUGUGAAAAGGAUCGUAGGCCCCAGUGGUGUCAUUUGAACCCAAGCUCAUCCAGAGGCUGAGUCUGCCAAGGUAACUAAGCAGAUGGAAGGGGAGAUGACGUGUGUUGCAAAAUUAUAGGAUGUACCACAUUGCCCUCCCUCAUUUGUGUGUGUUUCUGUGUGUAAAACUGAGCAUUUUUUAAUUAAAUGAAAUUAUUCAAUCACUUUGUAAGAUAUGCAAAACUGAAAUGUACAUUUCUAUUUUUUAUUCCUUGUUGAAAGAUGUAACCAGAAUAGUAAUGAAUGAGAUGAUCAUGUCCCUUACACUGCUUUCUCUUGUGUCUUUGAAAUUGUUUCCAAUUAAUUGUUUCCAAAUAUGUUAAAGGCAACUUAA